AUGAAUCCUCUGAUUGUCAACAAUCUACCAGUAUUAAGUGAUAUCUUGGAAGUACCAUUCAAAUAUCUGCAUAGUCCACAGAUACUAAAUCAACGUGAUUUCAUCAUACAAACCAGCGAAUUCCGAUCAUUGGGUGUCGGUAUCGACUUUUCUAUUCUUUGUGGAGGAAAGCGAGUACAAGGACGACAAUGUCCAAAUGUUGCAAUAGGUGAAAAAAUCGAAUUUUUCGCGAAAGUAUCAUUGAACGAAUGUAAAUCAGGUGGUGAUAUUGCUGUUUCUAUUGGCGCAUAUGGUUAUCAGACUGUUUCCGCUUUGUAUAUCACACCUUCUUGUGGUUGUGAAUGUGAAAAAGUACAGAAUCAGGAAAAGCAAUCACCAUUAUGUUAUGGAGCAGGAGAUUUAAUUUGUGGUGUAUGUGAAUGUCAACCAGGUAAAGGUGGAAGUCAUUGUGAAUGUGAUUUGAAACAGCAUGGUGCUUCAUCAGCACAAGAAUUGGAAAAUAGAUGUAGAAAGACUCCGAAAGAUUUAAUUUGUAGCGGUAACGGUCAAUGUAAAUGCGGUAAUUGUGUUUGCAAUGUCGAACAUGUUCGUGGAGAUUAUUGUGAAUGCGAAAAUAUGUCAUGUCCAACUUCUCAAGGUAGAAUGUGUGCAGGUCAAGGUGAAUGUAAAUGUGGAAAAUGUCAUUGUGAAGAAGGUUAUACAGGCGAUGAUUGCUCAUGCGCUCUUGAUACAUCACCAUGUCUUGAAGGCGGAAAAAUUUGCAGUGAACAGGGUAGAUGUGAAUGUGGAAAAUGCGUUUGUCAUGAGGGCUUCACAGGGUUAACUUGUGGAGUAGUAGUGGCUGAAAAUGAUGCCUUGGAUGAUGAGAUACCGGAAUCAACUGAUUCCGGUGAACAUGAUGAAAUGGAUCAGGUAUCAAAAGAUGGCAUAAAUAAUGUUGGAUAUGAUCAAUUUCAUGGAGAAGAUUUAGAUGGAAUAAGUGAAAAUAAAAUAAAAGAAGGUGAUGAAUAUGGUGAAGCAAUAGAAGGACUGGAUGGACAAGAUGAUAUGAAAGUUGGUGAUGUAUUACCAUCUGCGAAUGAUGAUAAUGGUGAUACGUCAACUGAAUUAAGUGAAGCAAGAGCUGAAGCUGAUAAUGAUGGUAAUGGUGGUGAGAUAAUACAUGAAGGACAAACUGCUGGAAAUUUACGGAUAGAAGUUCAUUCACUCUUUCUUCCAUUAAUAUUAUUAAUGAUACUUUUUUGGCCUUAAAUUCUUACCACUCUUUUAUCGAAUGAGUAAUUUCCAUUCGAAACUGAUUCUCAAUUCAAC